UAAGAUUGCUAGACAGUCCACAAAGACUUUUUGAGAUUGCGCUUUGGAAAAUUAUUUUCAGAGUCGGGGUGAGAAGAAGCGGUGUUAGCUAUUUAAGAAUAAUAUAUUGUUGGACAAAGGGUCUGCAUUCUUUUCUUUUCUGGACCAUUCAUUCCAACAUUUGUUUUGGUGGUGAAGCAGAGUGAAGAUUGCAACAGAGAUAAAGCAUGCCUUCCCAUUACAGUCAACAGUCAUUAAUUGUGCUAGCCCUUUUUGGGGUACUGGCUGCCAUCAUGGCAUCUCUUUCGGCCAUCCUAAUCUUCCAGGUCCAGUCUACUGCAAAACAGGGAGAACAUGCAGCUGGACUAGGCACGGAGGCUGGUCGAGUCCUGUUGCCAGCGUCUGUUGUGUUGGCAUCUUUGUGUCUUGCCCUGAAUACAAGUUGCUUUCUGCUGUGUCUGCUCCACUCCUACUUUACUGCUGAAGUAUGCCGAGAAGAUCCAGAGUCAAGGAGGGGAGAAUGGUUCCUUUUGGAUAACCGGAGUGUUCGGCAGUCUGCUGUUUGUCUCUUCUGCCUUGGAAUCUCACUGUAUUUAGCAGCUCUGUCGCUAUAUAUGCUAAUUCUGUUUGAAAUCGAGACAGGAAUCGCCAGUUCCUGUAUCCUGACUUUGGGUUCCAUUUUUAUGAUAGUCACUGUAACCCACACUCUUCACAAGGCUUCCCAGACUACUCAUCACAGCCAUGACCAGCUGCCCAGUGCUCUCUUCGAAAAUGACUCUGCUCAUGGUGGUGACCUUAAUGAUUCAGUUCCUUCCAGUGACCUCAAUAAUGGCAAAGAGGUGUCUCCAGUGCGGCCUCGUCCUGAGAUCCACCGUGAGUUUUCCUAUCCUCCUUUUGUCCAGCAGCAGCAGCAGCAGAAACAACAGCAACAGCAGCAUCACCUACAUCAACAACUGCAGCAUCAGCAAAAACUACAGCCUUUUUCCCCACCUCUAGGCAACAUGACUAAUGUGCUAAACCAGAGUGAUAAUGCAGGUCACAGGAAUGGAGAAGAGCGUUAUAAUAUACCCAGGAUGCAACGAACCCUUUCUGUGGAGUCUGGCCUUAUGCAGCCUAACUCCAAACCAUGGAAUGGAGUACACCAAGAAAUGAGAACCGUGAUGUCAAGAAAACCAGGAGUGGUGGGCAAAGAUUCCACAUUGGUAUAAAGAGCCACUCAACCACUUAAAGAUUAAGCCCCAUACAUGGCCAAAGCAUAGACAUCUUGUUACAUCUAUAACUCUUGUACAACUUGUUGGGGUUUUCUUACACAAAUAUUAAUACCAUUAAUUAAAUUAGGUUGGAACACGCAAUCUGGCAAGAUGAUCAUAAUGUUUAAUAGACACACUCCAACUGGCGCCAGAUGCGUAACACUAUGGAAUUCCAAAGAAAACGAACUCUGGAGCAUAACUUUGGCAUGAAAGGGAGCAAUGGAUGUUCUGAGGAACUGAGCUUUGGCAUAUUGUGUUCACCAGGAGCCA